AAAAUGUUAAAACAACAAUUUCUGUAUAAAUCAAGUCGUAGUACGAUUCUCGUGUUUAUCUGUAAAAAUAUAAAAUCAAGUCUUCGUGACGCCGCUACGUUGUCUUAGUUACCAACGAGUUGUUUAUAAAAAAGCCGGUUAGUAAUUUUGCAUGUAGUUUUGUACGAAGCAAUUUCUUCAGUAAAACAAGAAUUUAAAAGCUGAAAAUGAGUGUUCAUGAAGAAAGUGAGAGCGGCGAUGAAUUUAUGUGCACUCCGCCUGAGGUUGCUGCAAUGGCGGAAUCAAUUAUGCCUGAGCUUUUGCCUGAAAAAUCGAGAAAUCGGUACGAAAAAGAACGAGAGAGGUUUUUUAAUUGGUGUAAAAUGAAACAAGUCAAGCGGUAUACAGAAACCGUGUUGCUUGCCUAUUUUGUCGAAAAAUCUGGAAAAUUGAAAUCAUCGACACUGUGGUCAAUGUAUUCCAUGUUGAAAAGUAUGUUGAUUUUGCAAGACAACGUCGACAUUUCCAAGUAUGCCAAGUUACAAUCGUUUUUGAAACGUAAAUCUGUUGGUCACAAGCCGAAAAAAUCGCUGACUUUUACGAGACAACAAAUCAGAACGUUUUUAGAGGAAGCACCCGAUGAAACAUUUUUAAUGAUGAAAGUUGCUCUAAUAUUAGGAGUUGCUGGGGCUUGUCGUCGAGAGGAGUUGACGAAAAUGACGGUGAACGAUAUCCAAGGCGAAGAUACGUUUUUACUCGUAACGAUUCCAGACUCCAAAACGCAUGUUCCAAGAACUUUUUCUGUUACGGAGGGAAAAGAGAAUUGGAUACACUUGUACCAGAAAUAUAAAGCGCUUCGUCCUCAAAAUGCUCAAACUUCGCGACUUUUUUUAAAUUAUAAAAUGGGAAAAUGUACCGUACAACCUGUGGGUAUUAAUACAUUUGGAGCAAUUCCUAAGAAAAUUGCGAGUUACCUGAAAUUGCCAAAUGCUUCUAGUUUUACGGGUCAUUGUUUUCGGCGUACCUCCGCAACGCUACUUGCUAAUGCUGGAGCAGACCUUUUGAGUCUUAAACGUCAUGGGGGCUGGCGGUCGUCGACGGUAGCGGAAGGAUACGUAGAUGGUUCUCUUCAAGGCAAAUUAGAAGUAUGUAACAAAAUAAUUGGUAAUGCUUGUCAAUCAAAUGAUCCUUGCACACCUUCGACAUGUCAACCAGAUGAUCCUUGCAAGUUGCACAUCUUCGACAGCGUCCACAUCUACAUUAAUAACUUCUAAAUGCUCUGUGUCAAAUUCGUUACUUCCAGGUGUUAAUAUAAGUAACUGUUCAUCAUUUACCAUUAAUUUAAAUAUUACUAGCCAGAAGUAGCUGUAAUUGUAAAUUGUGGCAUUAAAAUAAAAAAAAGGUAUCUUUGUUUUUACUUAAGAGUGUGGAAAAUAAGUGUGGAAAAAUUUU